AUGUCCCUGCGCCAGAUCCUGCUUCUGCUGUGGCUUCUGACCUCCACGGUGAACUCCUUCAUCAGGAUCCCCCUGCGCAGGGUUCCAGCUUGGUCUGGCACCCUCCAUGUGCUGCGGGGCUGGAGAACCCUCAAGGCCCCUCUGCCCAAGGAUGGAGUUAUUCUUGUGCCACUCUCCAACUACCUGGAUGCUCAGUACUUCGGGGAGAUCAGCCUGGGGACGCCCCCUCAGAACUUCUCCGUCAUCUUCGACACCGGCUCCUCCAACCUCUGGGUGCCGUCUCGUAGAUGCAGCUUCUUCAGCCUGGGCUGCUGGUUCCACCGACGGUACGACCGCGAGGUUUCCAGCUCCUUCCGGCCCAACGGGACCCAGUUCUCCAUCCAGUACGGGACAGGGAAACUGGACGGCAUCCUGAGUGAGGACGUAUUGACUAUCGGAGGCGUUGGGGGAGCCCGCCUGCUCUUCGGGGAAGCUUUGUGGGAGCCCAGCCUGGCCUUUGCUCUCGCCCACUUCGAUGGGAUCCUUGGCUUGGGCUUCCCAGCCCUGGCUGUGGCUGGAGUGCAGCCCCCACUGGAUACGCUGACAGAGCUGGGGCUGCUGGACAAGGCAGUCUUCUCCUUCUACCUCAACAGGGACCCUGAAGCCGUCCAGGGUGGAGAACUGAUCCUGGGAGGCUGGGAUCCGGCUCGUUUCAUCCCCCCCCUUACCUUCCUGCCCGUCACCCGGCCAGCCUACUGGCAGAUCCACAUGGACCGCGUGGUCGUGGGCCACUCCCUGACGCUGUGCCCUAGCGGCUGUGCCGCCAUUCUGGACACGGGCACUUCCCUCAUCACCGGGCCCUCCAGGGAGAUCGAGGCACUGCACAAACUCAUCGGAGGCUUCCCGCUGCUGGCUGGGGAGUAUCUGCUCUCCUGUGACCGACUCUCUGCCCUCCCAGCCAUCUCCUUCCUGCUCAGUGGUGUCUGGUUCAACCUGACGGCCCAAGAUUACGUCCUUCAGCUGGCCAGCGGCCGCACCCGCCUCUGUCUGUCCGGUUUCCUGGCGCUGGACGUGCCACCUCCCGCGGGCCCUUUCUGGAUCCUGGGCGACGUCUUCCUGGGCCCCCAUGUGGCCGUGUUCGAUCGAGGGACCGCUCGCGUGGGCCUGGCGCGAGCGCGGGUGGCCCCCCUCCCCUCCCUUCCCCGGGCCCCCUGAGUGGAGCGCACCCCGCCUCUUCGCCGGGGCGCCUCCUCCAGGAGAUCCCACGGGGGGCGCCUCAAGGCUCCUCUUCGGGUCCGUGCUCGGUGGUCCUCUCCAGGGCGCUUGGAGAUCUGGGGGCCGCGCAGGCCGGGGCCAGGCAGCGUCUCGCCUCGACAACGUCUUGCCCCCUCUAAUACCUCCCCUCAACUGCCGAAUA